AAUUUUUUUUUUCUUCCAUAAAAUUUUAUUCCGGUUAAAUUUUAGGGGGAAAAAACAAAGAAAACUUCCCUUUUUUUUUUUGUGCUUCAGUUAAUAGUUUUGUGAACCCUUCCAAAUCAGCAAAGAUAGUUCCUCAAAGAGAUCGCAUCCUUAUAAUAGAAAUUAUAAACUGCUCAGGUUUUUGUCAAAAGCAAGAUCACCCCCUCCCCCCUCUUUCUGGAAUAUAUUUAGUUGAAUGAAGAAUUUUCGGUGAAAGGAUUGGAUACUAAGUGGUAGAGAAGGGAACGACCUUCAAAGUUCAUAGAUGUCUUCUUCUUCAAUGGCUGCUUCCAAUGAAAGGUGGAUCGACCGACUUCAAUACUCCUCGUUGUUCUGGCCUCCCCCACCGGACGGUCAACAAAGAAAGGAUCAAAUUGCAGCAUAUGUUGAGUUCUUCAUUCAAUUUACAUCAGAGCAAUUUGCUGACGAUAUUGCUGAGUUGAUCCGUAACCGUUAUCCAUCACAGGAAAUACUUCUCUUUGACGAUGUUUUGGCAACAUUUGUUCUUCAUCAUCCAGAGCAUGGGCAUGCAGUUGUACUUCCAAUUAUUUCAUGCAUUAUUGAUGGCACGAUAGUCUACUAUAAGAGCAGCCCUCCAUUCGCUUCGUUCAUAUCUUUAGUCUCCCCGAAGAGUGAGAAUGAAUACUCAGAACAAUGGGCUUUGGCGUGUGGUGAAAUUUUGAGAAUUUUAACUCAUUACAAUCGCCCAAUAUUCAAGACCGAAAGGCAAUAUGGUGAAUCAGAAAGAAGCAGCAGUGGCAGCCAUGCGACCACUAGUGACUCGGUUGAUGGGAAGUCUGUUCAAAAUUCUUUGAUACAGCAAGAGAAAAAACCAAUAAGGCCUCUGUCCCCAUGGAUUACUGAUAUAUUGCUGGCUGCACCUGUAGGCAUUAGAAGUGACUAUUUCAGAUGGUGCAGUGGUGUUAUGGGUAAAUAUGCUGCAGGAGAACUCAAGCCGCCAACCACUGCUUCUUCACGUGGUUCUGGGAAGCAUCCUCAACUUGUGCCUUCGACUCCAAGAUGGGCUGUUGCCAAUGGUGCCGGUGUUAUAUUAAGUGUUUGUGAUGAUGAAGUUGCUCGCUAUGAGACUGCUACUUUAACAGCAGCUGCUGUCCCUGCCCUUUUGCUUCCUCCACCAACAACAGCUCUAGAUGAGCAUCUAGUUGCUGGAUUGCCAGCUCUAGAGCCAUAUGCACGCUUAUUUCAUAGAUACUAUGCCAUUGCUACUCCAAGUGCUACACAGAGACUUCUUCUUGGACUCUUAGAAGCACCACCAUCAUGGGCCCCAGAUGCACUUGAUGCUGCUGUACAGCUUGUGGAGCUUCUUCGAGCUGCUGAAGAUUAUGCUUCAGGCAUAAGGCUUCCUAGAAAUUGGAUGCAUUUGCAUUUCUUGCGUGCAAUAGGGACUGCAAUGUCCAUGAGAGCAGGCAUAGCUGCUGAUGCCGCAGCAGCUUUGCUUUUUCGUGUACUUUCCCAGCCCGCAUUACUUUUCCCACCUCUUAGGCAAGUUGAUGGAGUAGAAGUCCAACAUGAACCUUUGGGUGGUUAUAUCUCUUCCUACAAAAAGCAGAUAGAAGUUCCUGCAGCAGAAGCCUCCAUGGAGGCUACUGCACAAGGCAUCGCAUCCAUGCUGUGUGCACAUGGCCCAGAGGUUGAAUGGAGAAUUUGCACCAUUUGGGAAGCUGCUUAUGGCCUGAUUCCUACAAGUUCCUCAGCUGUUGAUCUUCCAGAGAUUAUAGUUGCAACUCCACUACAACCUCCUAUACUAUCAUGGAAUUUAUACAUCCCCCUACUUAAGGUCCUCGAAUACCUUCCACGCGGAAGCCCAUCGGAGGCAUGUCUUAUGAAAAUAUUUGCUGCUACAGUGGAAGCUAUUCUUCAGAGGACCUUUCCGUCUGACACCACUAGAGAACAAAACAGAAAAUCAAAGUACCUCUUUGGAGUGGGGUCUGCCUCCAAAAACCUUGCUGUAGCAGAACUCCGCACGAUGGUUCAUUCACUUUUCUUAGAAUCAUGUGCUUCUGUUGAGCUCGCCUCACGCCUGCUUUUCGUAGUCUUAACUGUCUGCGUUAGUCAUGAAGCACAAUUCAGCGGAAGCAAGAGGCCGAGAGGUGAGGACAAUUAUUCAGCCGAGGAAAUCAUUGAGGACUUGCAUGCUGUGUCUGAAAUUCAGAAAGAAACUAGAAAUAGGAAAAUGAAGAAGCAAGGUCCUAUAGCAGCAUUUGAUUCUUAUGUUCUGGCUGCUGUUUGUGCUCUUGCCUGUGAGCUUCAAUUGUUCCCUCUGAUUUCACGGGGGAAUAAUCAUUCAGAUUCCAACAAUGUAAAAGAUAUAGCCAAGCCUUUUAGAAUAAAUGGAACGUCACAUGAGUUGCAGAACGGCAUAGAUUCAGCUAUACGCCAUACUCACAGAAUCUUAGCAAUUUUGGAGGCUUUGUUUUCAUUGAAGCCGUCAUCAGUUGGCACCCCAUGGAGUUACAGCUCGAAUGAGAUAGUCGCUGCAGCUAUGGUUGCUGCGCAUGUCUCUGAACUAUUUAGACGGUCCAAAGCUUGCAUGCAUGCUCUUUCUGUUCUGAUUCGGUGCAAAUGGGACAAUGAAAUUCACUCCAGAGCAUCAUCCUUGUAUAAUCUCAUAGAUAUUCAUAGCAAAGCGGUAGCGUCUAUAGUUAUCAAAGCAGAGCCAUUAGAAGCUACGUUAAUUCAUGCACCUACUUGGAAGGACUCUGUUGUUUCUCUUGAUAGUAAAAGACACAAUCAGUGUGAAAGUAGUAGCUGCUUUGACCCUAGGCAAACAUCUAUUACUACUUUGGAAGAUUCAGGUCCCUCAAAACUUAACCGCAAAUCUGAUAAAACUUCUUGUUCAAAUGAAGCAUCAGGAGGGUGUACCUUAGGUAAAGGUGUCACAGGUUUCCCAUUGGAUGCUUCUGAUCUCGCCAACUUUCUUACAAUGGACAGACAUAUAGGAUUGAGUUGCAAUGCACAAAUUUUCCUCAGAUCCAUGCUGGCAGAGAAACAAGAAUUAUGCUUCUCUGUUGUUUCACUACUAUGGCACAAGUUGAUUGCUUCCCCUGAAACUCAACCUUGUGCAGAAAGCACUUCUGCCCAACAGGGCUGGAGGCAGGUUGUUGAUGCAUUAUGCAAUGUUGUAUCAGCGUCACCAACAAAAGCAGCAACAGCAGUUGUUCUUCAGGCGGAGAGGGAAUUGCAGCCAUGGAUUGCCAAGGAUGAUGAUCUGGGUCAGAAGAUGUGGAGAGUCAAUCAGCGGAUCGUGAAACUGAUAGUGGAGCUAAUGAGGAAUCAUGAUAGUGCAGAGUCCUUGGUAAUUUUGGCAAGUGCGUCAGAUUUGCUGCUACGAGCCACAGAUGGUAUGCUGGUUGAUGGAGAAGCUUGUACUUUGCCACAGCUGGAGCUGCUGGAAGUAACAGCUAGAGCAGUACAGCCUGUGCUCGAGUUGGGCGAAUCUGGAUUGGCAGUGGCGGAUGGCCUUUCAAACCUGUUAAAGUGCCGCCUAUCAGCCACUGUUAGAUGCCUCUCCCAUCCAAGUGCACACGUCCGUGCGCUGAGCAUUUCGGUUCUUCGGGACAUCUUGCAUACAGGUUCGAUCAGAUCUGGUCCUAAACCGCCGCAAAUAAACGGCAUCCACGACCCCUCUUAUCCAUACUUCAAUUUGGAUGUCACUGACUGGCAAGCUGACAUAGAAAAAUGCUUGACAUGGGAAGCUCACAGUCAACUUUCGAAUGAGUUGUCUAUAAAGUAUCUCAAUACCGCAGCAAAAGAAUUAGGCUGUACCAUUACCAUAUGAACAUGAAAAGUGAAAGUGAAAUCAUGUAAAACCAUCUUAGUCUAUGACAAUUUUUUGCCUAGACUUUGUUAUAGAAACAGAUGUCAUUUAUGCUUUUGGAACUAACGGGUUUGCAAAAUAAGUAACAUCAUGUGCUAGUCCUGUUAAAAAUGCCACAGUCCUGAUUCCAGUUUGGUUAUACAGAAAAGAAAAGCUAAUUUUGUAUUAUGCUUUAAUGUGCUGUUUCUGAACCUGGAUCAGAAGUUCUCACAGUGGACUGCAUGCUAAUGAUUGUACUUAUGCUCUCGGUAGAAGAAAUUUGUACAUUAACUAAAAACCACUUUUUAAUCCUUGUCUUAUGUUGUAUGUGUUGCUUAUGUUGAUUUGGCUUGUAAUGACAUUUAAAUCUAACUGUAUGAUGAGUCUGUGUUCAGCUGCUUUACUUUUAA